CCCCCCCAUAGCCCCCAAUGGUACAGCCCCUCCUGCCCCUGUCCAAGGUGCUGACCGCAGCCUAUGACAGCGGGGUCACCCUCUUCGACGUCACCGAGGCCUCCGGAAGGGCUGAGAUGCUGCUGGGCGAGGUCCUAAGGAGCAAAGGAUGGAGACGCUCCAGUUACGUCAUCACCACGAGGGUCUUCUGGGGGGGGCAGGCUGACCGGAGCCUCUCACGGAAGCAAGUCCUGGAGGGCCUCCAGGGGUCGCUCCAGCGGCUGCAGCUCGACUACGUUGACGUCAUCUUCGCGGGGCCCCGCCCAGGCCCCGCCCAGACCGAAGGGCCCGACCCGACCCUGCGCCUCCUGCGGCUGGAAGAGCUGGUGCGCGUCAUGAGUGACGUCAUCAACCGGGGACUGGCGCUGUAUUGGGGCACAGCGGGGGGCGCGCCUGGUGACGUCAUGGACACCUUCGCUGUUGCCCGUCAGUUCAACCUGGUGGCCCCCGUGUGCCAGUGGGCGGAGCUUCCGCCGGAGCCCCGCCUCUUCCGGCAGCUCGGCCUGGGUGCUGUCACUUGGUCCCCAUUGGCCCCAGGCCCUGGCCUAGAGGAGGAGCCGCUGCCCCAUGGGCGCCCCAUAGGCAAGGCUAUGGGGCGCCGGCAGCCAUUGAAGGUUGAGGACCUGCAGCCAUUGGCCCAACGCUUGGGCUGUUCGGUGUCCCAGUUGGGCAUUGCCUGGUCUCUGCGGGCCGAGGGCGUCAGCUCAGUGCUGGUGGGCGCUGAGACCCCCGAAGUGCUGCAGGAGCAGCUCCAGGCCCUGCAGGUCCUGCCCCACCUCAGCCCCGCGACCCUACAGGAGCUCGACACCCUGCUGGGGGGAGCGGCGCCUCCGUAGGCCCCGCCCCUCACCUCCCAUUGGCUGCCUCCUGCAUGAGCCCGGUCCCUCAUCC